AUUUGAAGACGCGAGGACGAGAUGAUUAAUUAUUUUCGGUAUUAGGUGUUGACUGACCCCCUUAUUCACUGCUAUCAUGGCCUACCAACUAUUCGUAAAUUUCAAGAUAAAAAUUCAAAAUGGCAACCUUCGUCAAACCAAACCGACCCCUUACCUGGCUCAUCACCGGUGCCUCCUCAGGUUUCGGCGAGUCCCUCGCUCGUCUAGUCCUAGCCGGUGGCCAUAACCUCAUCGCAACUUCUCGAAACCCCUCCAAAACCCCAGAAUUCGUAGCUGAGGUUAAUGCCCGAAAGGGUAGUCAGUGGGUGAAACUCGAUGUCGACGACCAGGACAGCGGAAAGGUCAUCGACUCUAUUGAAGCUUCAGGACAUGAAAUCGAUGUCCUAGUAAACAACGCCGGAUACUCCAUCUACGGCCCCAUAGAAACGCUCUCCGAGGCGGAACUCCGCGCUCAAAUGGACACCCUGUACUUCGGUCCUCUGAGACUAAUCCGCGCCGUCCUACCGCAUAUGCGGAAGCGCAAGUACGGUGUCCUCGUGAACAUGAGUAGCGGCGCUGGUCUCGAGGCCAGAGAUAGUAUGGGCGGAUACGGCGGCGCUAAAGCUGGACUUGAUGGAGCAACCAAGGUCCUCGCCAAAGAAGUUGCGCCUUUCGGAAUCCGUACGCUGACAGUCACGCUCGGGACCUUUAACACAAAUUUCGGCGCCGCUACAGUGCUUGGCAAGGCCCCUCUCCCCGAUGAUUAUAAGGGGUCGAUUGCGGAGCAGAUGAUGCAGAUCAUGGCUAGCAACAAGCUACAGCCGAAUGGCGAUAAGGAUAAGGCUAUGAAAGCGGUUUAUGAAGUUGUUGUUGGUGAAGGUGUGGGGAAGGGCCAUGAAGCUGAGCGGCUUCUACCCUUGGGUCAGGAUAUGACGGUUCGGAUUAAAACCGUGCGGGAUUAUCUUGGUCAUGCUUUGGAGGUUUUCGGUGAUGUCUGCAAUAAUGUUAACUUGGAAAAGAAGUGAAGUUGUAGGAGAGAUCUAGAGUGAACUUGGGUUUCCCACAGAGUCAAUUAAAUAAGGGGCUUUGCGACAGCCCGUGGAAUACCUAAAAGCCCCUAUUCCAAUUCACGUGACGCCCAUGAUCGGAAUCCCCAGGGCACAGGAGGUCGUAACCCAAAAC